AUGUUAAUCAAACAAAAUGCAAACUUCGAAGCUCGAGUAACAAUAAAGGCUGCAGACGAAAUUUGGGAGGGUUUGACACCUUUGUGGUACGCUGCUUUUUCGGGUCACCUCGACGUUGUGAAAGUGUUGAUCAAACAAGAAGCAGACAUUGAAGCUCGAGCAACUAUAAAGACUGGAGACGAAAUUUGGGAGGGUUUGACACCUUUGUGGUACGCUGCUUUUUCGGGUCAUCUCGACGUUGUGAAAUUGUUCAGCAAACAAGAAGCAGACAUUGAAGCUCAAGCAACUCGAAAUACUGGAAACGAAAUUUGGAAGGGUUUGACACCUUUGUCGUCCGCUGCUGUUUCUAGUCGUCUUGAUGUUGUGAAACUGUUAAUCGCACGAAACGCGGAUAUUGAAGCUCGAGCGACAAAAAAGAUUGGAGACGAGGUUUUCGAGGGUUGAACACCUCUCUGGCUGGCUACUGAUACAGGCAAUCAUGAUGUCGUGGAACUGUUAAUCGACCUAGGUGCAGACAUUGAAGCUCAAGGAACUUUUAGGAGCAACGAUGCUAGAUCAAUUUACGAGAGUUUUACACCUUUGUUGGCCGCUGUUUCUUCAGGUAAUAACGAUCUUGUACAACUUUUAAUUAGAAGAAAUGCAGACAUCGAGGCUCGAGGCUCGUGUAAACUUGAAAAUGAAGUUGUUCAGGGUUGUACACCGCUUUUACCCGCAGCUAUUGAAGGUCAACCUGAUAUUAUAAAACUGUUAAUCGAACGAAAUGCAGAUAUUGAUGCUCAGGGGACACUUAACGUGGAAGGAAAAGUUAUCGAGGGUUAUACACGUUUGUUAGCCGCUGCUAUCAAGGGUCAUCUCGACGUUGUUAAAUUGCUUAUAGAACGAGAUGCAGAAAGAAGAUGUAGCAAUGUUGAAGGGCAACCACGAAAAAGAGUUGAAAAGCGGAGAGAAAUGGACUACGCACAACAGCUAGCAAAUGUUCAGGGGCAGCUACAUGAGAAAGAUGAAUCACUGACAGAGAACACACAACAGUUGACAAACGUUCGAGGGCAGUUACAUGAGAGAGAGGAGCAACUGAGAAAGAGCACACAGCAGGUGACUGAUGUUCAGAGGCAGCUACGAGAGAAAGAUGAGCAACUGAGAGAGAGGACACAGCAGUUAACAAAUGUUCAGGGGCAACUACGAGAGAACGAUGAACAACUGAGAGAAAGAACAAAGCAGUUAAUAAGUAUACAGGGGCGACUACAUGAGAAAGAUAAGCAACCUGGAGAGAACACGCAGCAGUUAACAAAUUGUCAGGGGCAACUACGAGAGAAAGAUGAACAGAUGACAGAAAUGGCAUCGCUAUUGACUAAUGUCAGAGGACGACUGCAUGAAAAAGAUGAUCAGAUCGCUAAUUUGCAAGAAUUAGUCAAUUCCUUGCUGGACCAACAAAGGGUCACGGACACAUACCUCGGCGAGGGAGCCUGGGGAAGAGUUGUCGAAGGGAGCUUACGAAUCGAUGACUUUCCAGAGGACGACGAGGUCUCAAAACUAGAAGUAGUUUAUGCGUAUGCGCUACCAGCCAAGUUUGUGCAGCGAACCAUGACAGCUUGUCUUGGUGCUAGGAUAUACAGUGCACCAGAGGCUCUUACUAGGAAUCAGACUGUGAAGUUACAAGCAAACCUUAGUAAAAACUCUAAGUUUCGCAAGCGUGUGUUUUGUGAAAUGGCUAAUGAGGUAUCCAUGAUGAAUACUCUCACUAAAGUUUAUCACGCUGCUCGCGACGGUUCUCCUGAUCUGGAAGGUCUCUUAAAGCGGCUAAGGACUGACAAAAGAAAAACUGCUUUGGAAACAAAGACAGAAGAUGGCGGCUACAUCGCCACUCCUCUCAUCAUCGCUGCUUUUAAUGGACACCUGGAUUCGGUGAAGAUCCUUGUAAAGUACGGCGAAGCAGACAUCGAUGCUAAAGGAACGCUCAUGGAUGUGGAUGAAGACUUAGCUAUUGAGAGUACAGCUUUGCUUGCUGCUGCUUAUAACCGCCAUCUUGAUGUUGUAAAAUUCUUAAUCAAACAAAAUGCAAACAUUGACGCUCGAGGAUCGAUAAAACAUGCGGACGGAUCAGUUUUAGAGGAUAUCUCUCCUUUGCUUUCCGCUCUAUAUAAAAACGAUCUUGAUGUUAUGAAAAUAUUAAUCAAACGACAUGCAGACAUCGAAGCUCGAUCAACGCUAAAGAUAGAUGAAUUACUCCUUGAGGGUUGUACACCCUUGUUCGUCGCAGCUUUUCUUGAUACACUUGAUGGUAUGAAACUGUUAAUCGAACGACAUGCAGACAUCGAGGCUCGAGCAACGUUAAAGACUGAUGAAGAACUUUUUGAGGGUCUUACACCCUUGAUGAUCGCAGCUUCAAGUGAUACACUUGAUGGUAUGAAACUGUUAAUCGAUCGAAAUGCAGACAUCGAGGCUCGAGCAGUGGUACUAAAGACCGAUAAAGCACUUUUGGAGGAUUGUACACUCUUGAUCGUCGCAGCUUUUCUUGAUAAACCUGAUGUUAUGAAACUGUUAAUCGAACGAAAUGCAGACAUCGAGGCUCGAGCAACGGUAAAGACUGAUGACGUACUUUUUGAGGGUUGUACACCCUUGAUCGUCGCAGCUCUUCGUGAUAAACCUGAUGUUAUGAAACUGUUAAUUGAACGAAAUGCAGACAUCGAGGCUCGAGCAGUGGUAAAGACCGAUAAAGCACUUUUCGAGGAUUGUACACCCUUGGUAGUCGCAGCUACUCAAGAUAAACGUGAUGUUAUGAAACUCUUAAUCGAACGAAAUGCAGACAUCGAGGCUCGAGCAACGGUAAAGAUUGAUGAAGUACUUUUUGAGGGUUGUACACCCUUGAUCGUCGCAGCUCUUCGUGAUAAACCUGAUGUUAUGAAACUGUUAAUCGAACGAAAUGCAGAUAUCGAGGCUCGAGCAACGGUAAAGACUGAUGAAGAACUUUUUGAGGGUUGUACACCCUUGAUCGUCGCAGCUCUUCGUGAUAAACCUGAUGUUAUGAAACUGUUAAUCGAACGAAAUGCAGACAUCGAGGCUCGAGCAACGGUCAAGAUUGAUGAGCUACUUGUUGAGGGUUGUACACCCUUGAUCCUCGCAGCUCAUUAUGAUAAACCUGAUGUUAUGAAACUGUUAAUCGAACGAAAUGCAGACAUCGAGGCUCGAGCAACGGUAAAGACUGAUGAAGAACUU